AUGACGCAGACUCCAAAACAUAUCUCAGCGUCUCCAGGAGAGAAAGUUCAGAUAAACUGUAAAUCAAGUUCUGAUGGUGACAGUCUAAUAUAUUGGUUCCAAAAGAAAGCUGAUCAACCCCAAAGCCAUCUUAUCUAUCACGCAACCAAUUGCCAUUCUGGGGUCCCAGACAGGUUCAGUGUGGCAGUAGAUCUGGAUCUCACUCUUACAAAUCAAAGGAACUCUGGCAGAAGAUGA